AGAACCGGAAAGAGUUGUUGUUUCAAGGGAGGCGGGACUGGGCGGGUCGGGCCGCUGCGGCUGACGGCGGGGGAGGAGUCGGGUCCACUGCCGGGUGGAGGGGCAAGGCGAGUGUCCUUAUCCUAGCGAGUGGGGCUCGGGCCUGCGUGCCAGUUGGAGUCGCGGCGGCGGGAACGUUUGGGCCGAGCGGAGGAAGACAUGUUGCUCUUCGUGGAGCAGGUAACAUCUAAAGGAACUGGUUUAAAUCCUAAUGCCAAAGUAUGGCAAGAAAUUCCUCCUGGAACUCCUGAUGCCACUACUGUAGCUCAUGGAACUGAAAGCUCUUGGCAUGAAACAGCAGCCACAUCAGGGUCUCAUCCUGAAGGAAAUGCUGAGCUUUCAGAAGAUAUGUGUAAGGAAUAUGAAGUAAUGUAUUCUCCAUCUUGUGAAACCACAAGAAACACUACAGGCAUUGAAGAAUCAACUGAUGGAAUGAUAUUAGGACCUGAAGAGCUGAGUUACCAAAUAUAUGAUGUUUCUGGAGAAAGCAGUUCAACAAUUUCUACAGAAGACCUAAAAGAAUGUCUAAAGAAACAAUUAGAAUUCUGUUUUUCACGAGAAAACUUGUCAAAGGAUCUUUAUUUGAUAUCUCAGAUGGAUAGUGAUCAGUUCGUCCCAAUUUGGACAAUUGCCAACAUGGAAGAGAUAAAAAAAUUGACCACAGAUCCUGAUCUAAUUCUUGAAGUGUUGAGAUCUUCUCCUAUGGUACAAGUUGAUGAGAAGGGCGAGAAGGUGAGACCAAGUCAUAAACGUUGUAUUGUCAUUCUCAGAGAGAUUCCUGAAACAACACCAGUAGAGGAAGUGAAAGCUUUGUUUAAAAGUGAAAACUGCCCCAAAGUGAUAAGCUGUGAGUUUGCACAUAAUAGCAACUGGUAUAUCACUUUUCAGUCAGACACAGAUGCACAACAGGCUUUUAAAUACUUAAGAGAAGAAGUUAAAACGUUUCAGGGCAAGCCAAUCAUGGCAAGGAUAAAAGCCAUCAAUACUUUUUUUGCUAAGAAUGGUUAUCGAUUAAUGGAUUCUAGUAUGUAUAGUCAGCCAAUUCAAACUCAAGCACAGUAUGCCUCACCAGUCUUUAUGCAGCCUGUAUAUAAUCCUCAUCAACAAUACUCAGUCUAUAGUAUUGUGCCUCAGUCUUGGUCUCCAAGUCCUGCACCUUACUUUGAAACGCCACUGGCUCCCUUUCCCAAUGGUAGUUUUGUGAAUGGCUUUAAUUCACCAGGAUCUUAUAAAACAAAUGCUGCUGCUAUGAAUGUUGGUCGACCAUUCCAAAAAAAUCGUGUGAAGCCUCAUUUUAGGUCAUCCAGUGGUUCAGAACAUUCAACAGAGGGCUCUGUGUCAUUGGGGGAUGGACCAUUGAACAGAUCUAGUUCAAGGAACUUUCCACCCGAACGGCAUAACCCUACAGUAAUAGGGCAUCAGGAGCAAACUCACCUUCCCAAGGAGACUCCUGUUUUACAGAUGGAACAGAAUGGGGACUAUGGUAGGGGCAGGAGAACUAUUUUCAGAGGUCGAAGACGACGAGAAGAUGACAGAAUCCCAAGACCCCAUCCUUCAACAGCUGAAACAAAGGCUCCUACACCAAAGUUUGACUUACUAGCUUCAAAUUUUCCUCCAUUACCUGGAAGUUCAUCAAGAAUGCCAGGUGAACUUGUUUUGGAGAAUAGAAUGUCUGAUGUUGUUAAAGGUGUCUACAAAGAAAAGGAUAAUGAAGACUUGAGAGUUAGUUGCCCAGUACCUGUAGAAGAUGAGCAAACAGACUGUACUUCUGCCCUGCAACUCAAUAUGAGUACAAAUCCUCCAUGUACAGCUGAGCUUCCUGCAUUAAGCACAACUCAGAAAGAAAAGGAUCCAAUAGAGGAAUCCACUGUUCAGAAGGAUGUUCUCAAUCAGAUGACUAUACCAGUUUCUUCCCCAAGCACUGCAAAGACACCACAGGCAAAUACUGCUUCACCAAGUAAUAGUAACACAAAUGCAUCCGGAGCUGUGACCAUACAGGAACCUCGAAAGUUAAGUUAUGCCGAAGUGUGCCAGAAGCCCCCUAAAGAGCCAGUUCCAGUUCUUGUGCAGCCACUACGGGAACUUCGCUCCAAUGUUGUGUCUCCCACCAAAAAUGAAGAGACUGGAGCUCCUGAGAAGUCCAUUGAGAAAUCACAUGAGAAGCCAGAAGCAAGGGCUAGUAAGGAUUAUUCUGGCUUCCGAGGCAAUACCAUUCCCAGGGGAGCAUCUGGAAAAAUCAGGGAACAGAGACGCCAGUUUAGCCAUAGGGCUAUACCUCAGGGAGUGACUCGACGUAAUGGCAAAGAGCAAUAUGUGCCACCCAGAUCACCAAAGUAAAAUCAAAAAAACAAAACUAUUCAAAAACUUUCUCUCUUCCCAUUAAACUUGAGCCGUGGCUAUAUUGAACUGUUUUGGAGGGGAAUGGGUAGCCAGGAAGGAAACAAAAUAUAUCCUUAAAUCAUUAUGGAUUUUGGAAUUGUGAGGAGUAGAAUCCCAAAAUUCAUCUCUAAAGUGAUUUUAAAAUGCUGGAGGCUUCCAAUCAGUAUAAAUACAUAUAUAUAUAUAUAUAUAAAUAUAUAUAUACACAUAUAUAAAAUAUAAUUUUUCUAUUUUUGUUUUUGAUUUUAAUUUACAAAGAUUUUCUGCCUGGAAUCAAUUUUGAGUGUUCAGAUUUAGCUUGAGAAAUUAAAACAAAACAACAACAAAAAAAAGCAGUAUACAUCCUUCAGUAUAGGAGAUGAGGGAGUAAGAAAAUAUUUUUUUGAAGAAGCAUUUCUGUAAAAAUUAGAAAUUACUUUUUUUAAUCUAUUUAAUGUUUGGCUUGGAGAAUGUCAUCUCUGAUUAUAUGGCCUUGUGUUGCAGAGCAGAUCAGUAAUUGGGGUGUCUGUGGUUGUGAGUGUGUGCAAGAGUGAUUUAAGCCAAAUCUGUUGUCAUAUUAGUAAAUGAUUUGAAAACUGAAUGUAAUACUUGAGUAGAUUUUUAUUCUAGUUUGAAUUUAGUCUGUCUUUUCAACUUUAUUAAUAUUUCAUUCAACAGACUGUUAAGCUCUAAUUAUACUUGGAGAUGUGACUACCAAUCAGUUUGAUACUCAAGGAAAGAAUGGGGGGCUAUUCAACAAAAUUCAGAAAUUCAUCUUGGACCUGAAAUGAUAGGUCAGUGGAUUUUAAAGGUUUAAACUGCCCUGUGAUCUGUUGUCACCCCUCCCUUCACCUUUAAGAUGGGAAACAAAACUUUUUUGCUAUUUCAUUUGUUACUCUUUGUUUUUUGACUACCUACCCCCAAAAGUAAAAUAACCAACCACCUAUUGAAUUUGAAUUGUAUGUUUCUGUAUAUUUUAAUUAAUCCAGUCAAAUCGUAUAACAGUUAUAAAUUUGGGGAUUUAACACUGAAGUAUUUUAUUCUGUUCACAUACUCAGAAUUUUAGGUCCCAGAAAGGUGGGGCAGACUGACUCUCCAGUAAUAUUUUGUUUAUUGUUAAAGAUGAAACAAUUUAACUGACUUUUUAAAAGUGUUAAAUAGUAUAGAAGAGAAAAUUUUUAUAAAGGCUUAAUUGGGGGGGGGGACUUUUUUCUGUUUGCAGUGUAUAUCACCUUGCUUCCUUCGUCUUAAAAUUAAAAAAAAAAAAACCAACCUAUAUAUAUAUAUAUAUACAGUUUGGAAUUCACUGAAACAGAAACAGCAAGUCAAGAGAUUUUUAUGAUAAGGUGAUAAAGAUGGUUAAAUAAAAUUGAUGCAGAAUUUCUCAGUGAAUAAAAUUGUAGCUGUCAUAUAUUAAAUAGGCAAGUUUACAUGCUGGUAUUUAGAAAAUGGCUAAAAUAUUAAAAACCAUGUUGCAUUAAUCUGUUUUUAAGUCAUACCAUGUUCAGAGUUCUAUGUAGGGUGGGGUUUUAUUUUUCUUCUUAGGGAUAGUUUGUAACAGGAAGAACUUUCCCUUAUGUUAAUGAGUUACAUAUGUACAAAUUGAAACUGUAAAUUGUGAACACUGGAAAGCACCAUUGUGGCAUAGAAUAAACAUCUUUAAUAUAUUAAAGUGAAUGUAAAUGGAGGUUAAAAAUGUUACUGUGAAACUGCUUUCAGUUCUAAGUUAAGCUUUGGAGAUUUGUAUUAGUGGAUAACUGUUAAGAGCUUUGAAAACACUGCACAUUUCUGUACAAGCCAGAAUUAUUAUUUCUUUGUAAUUUAUUAUUUAGCUUGGCAGUUGCUUUUGAUUUGGUGGAUUGAUAACAUGGUAUAAUAUAUUUACACAGUUUGAAACUUUUCUACACACUAUUUUUAAAAUCAACUUCUAAAAGAGACAUACAAUAAAAUUCGCUGAAAUUUGGGGGAAGUUUAGGUCCUUUAAAAAAAGAAAGUUUUAUUAAUCAUUGGCGUACAUCUAUGAUAAAAGUGCUUAUUUUGCUUUACUUACAUAAUGCUGCAGUUGGUGGAAAUGAAACAAAGUGUUAACCCCCUGUGAGUGCAUUGGAAUUAAAAGAAUAAACAUUUUGUAAAAAUCA